AGGACAAUCCACCAUGAGGCCUCCGUUGUUUGACGGAACGAACUACACGUAUUGGAAGGAGCGGAUGAGGAUUUACAUCCAAUCCACGAACUUUCUCCUGUGGAGAAUCAUCAAGAAGGGCAAAGAGGUGCCCAUGAAGAAAGACGGGGAAAACAUCGUCCCUAAAACCGAGGAUGAGUAUGAUGCGCCGGAUAUAAAGAAGAUUGAGAACAACACAAAAGCCAUCAACAUCCUCUAUUGUGCCGUGAACCCGGACGACUACCGGAAGAUUUCUUGUUGUUCCACCGCCAAGAAAAUGUGGUACAAGCUAGAAAUCACCUAUGAAGGUGAACAAAAGAAGAAGGGGAUUGCACUCAAUGCUUCCACAAGCCAAGAACCCACCAUGGAGGAAUCAAGCGACGAAGACAACGAGUUCGGGCUCGUUAUCAAGAAAUUCCACAAGUUCAUACAGACGGAGUAUGAACGGAAGAACAAGAAGCAAGGAGGACCACCCAAAUGCUAUGGGUGUGGAGAAAUUGGGCAUAUCAAACCGAAAUGCCCAAAUGCCAAGAACGAGAAGGAGAAGAAGCCAUUCAAGAAGCUUCGAGCUUACAUCUCUUGGGGAGGCGAUUCCGGUGAUGAGUCUUCGUAUGGCGAAGAAAACGAAAGCGCCAACCUUUGCCUCAUGGCACACGAGGAGCCACCGGAAGAGCCAUAUGGGUUAUCACUUAAUGUUCUUUUGUUAGAUUCACUCCUCAGCUUUAAUUUUGCUGAGCGUGUAGUUGUUUUCGCUACACGCAGGGAGGUCAGGCUUCCGUGCGCCUACUACAGUGUGCCCGUCCAGGAACCUUUGGGAUCCAACGGGUUUUUCAUCAGGUGGGCUUUGUGUUUGUCUUUGGAAGACAAGAGGAAGCUAUCAAUGAAUGCAAAAGCAAUUAACAUUUUGCAUUGCUCUCUUGGUCCUGACGAAUUCGCACGUGUUUGCUCUUGCAAAACGGCUAAAGAGGUGUGGGAUCUACUCCAAGCUACACAUGAAAGAGAAACCUCAACAAAACAAACCAUGCUACCCCCCGGGAAUUCGGAAUACGAAUCCUUCAAGAAAGGGUCAUCAUGUGAGACAAUCGAAGAUAUGAACAAGAGGUUCAACGAGAUUGUCAACAAAUUGACUUCAAAAGACUCGUCUAGUGAAGAGUCAAGUGAAUCAAGUGAUGAUUCAAGUGACUCAAGCACUUCGGAAGAGUCAAAUGUUGAAGAAGAUGAAGAGAAGGCAAUGAGAAUGAAAUAUACAGAUUUCCUCAAAUGGAAGAAGUAUGUGAAGAGGAAAGAAAUAUUUUCAAAGCCGAAAAAAGAGCGGCAUAAGACAAGUGAGGAAUCUCCUCACGUUGUCUUUGCCGAAAGUGAUACUCGCUUGGUGAGAAAGGUUUCUUAUGAUGAUCUUGUAGAUUCGUUGGAGAACAUCUAUCUCAAUGACAAUGACAAAGGAAACAACUCAAAGGAAACACAAGACGAAGAAGAAGAGCCACCUAUGGACGAGGAACAACAACAAGAGGAAGAGAUGCCAAUGCCAAUGGCGUGGAGGAUUUCAAAGGACCAUCCUCUUGACAAGGAUGAGGACAGAGCAUUGAUUUCAAACGUAAACAAAGUCGACAUCUACUUGAGUGAGGAGAACAUGCUAAUCCUCACCGAGCUUCGUUGGGAUGGAAAGGACCUCAGCCUCUACGUCGGAGAAGGAGGGGCACGGUUCAAUGAAACUGCUCUAUUGGAGGAAGUGGGAAUCUGGAACUUCACUCCCACUCCCCUAAAGCCCCGCCCCACGAUUACUUCCAUGAAUUCCGUGUUUCGAUUCAUCUUUUAUGUUUUGACAUGGAUUCUCAAGCCAAGGAAGUACAACCACAGCUCUCUCUCCCAAGAGGACACCAAGACGCUCCAUGCGAUGAUUCACAAUGCCAACAUCAAUUGGUGUAAAUUCGUGAUGACUCAUAUGUUCAAUGCAACCUCCGAUGAUCAGCCACUCCCCUACGCCCUUCUAGUCAUAGCGAUUCUUGAUGAAUACCACAUCAAGACCGACGUUGGACCAAAGCGAAAGGGGACGAAGCAUUGGGAGAUUGAUGAAUCCUCCUUCCACUCGGGCAACGGUGAAACUCCGUUCUCGCCGCCUUGUCCACGCCGCCAACCAAGGGAAGCAUCUUCAAGCUCUCCAUCCCUAUCCGAGCAAAUGGCCGCUUUGACCGCCACUCUCUCUCAGAUAGACACAAACGUCGCUCAAAUAGCCGAAAGUGUGAACACAUUAAGCCAUGAGCUUCACGGGUAUUUUGACUUUGUCAACUACCCAUAUGCCCAAAUGGUCCCUUACGUUCCUCCCCCAAACUUCGGGAAUGAGGGUCAACCAAGUGGGGUGAACGACGUUGAGGAUGAAGAAGAAGAAGAGGAGGAGAACGAAGAAAAUGAAGACGAAGAAGAGGAAACCGAAGAAGAAACCGAAGAAGAAGAUGAAGAAGAUGAAGAUGAAGAAGACGUUGACAAAGACAAACUCCUCGAUGAUUCUUCCGAGGAGUUCUAGAGCUCUAGCUCUUUUCUUUAUCUCUCUCCUACUUUAUGUUUUUUAAAUUUCUUCCGUUGUGUACUCCGCUUUUCCCGUAAUCAAUAAAUAAAAUAUUUGUGGUUUU